CUCUUUCUAUAUAAGCAAAGCAAAUUCCUUUGAAGUUUUUUCACAUUUUUCUUAGGAAGAACACCUUGGAUAUCUUAGAAAGGAAAUGUCUGCUGCCAGUGAAUCAAAAUAUUCCACUGAAGUGCUUUCCGAAUUGUUGAGCAAGUUAAAAGUUGCCGACAACAAGGAGGAAGCUGCUUCUAACAUUUCAUCGUUUUUGAACUCUUCGAUUGUUGAACACGAUGCUCCUGUUGAGUUCUUUGCUGACUUGAAGAAGCAAAUCGCCGACAAGAAGGAUGCUGAAGCAUCUCUUGCUGCUUUAGCUGCUUACACUCAUAUUGCCUCUGCUAAUGCUUUGUCACCAACUGUUGAGCCAUACGUGGUUGCAUUGGUGCCAGAAGUUGCCGCUAAGGCUGGUGACAAAAACAAGGAUCUUCAAGUCGCUGGUGCCGAAGCUUUGCUUGCCAUUGCCAAGGCCAUCACCCCAACCUCCAUCAAGGUGAUUUUGCCAUUGUUGUUGGAAAGUUUAACUUCCACCAACAAGUGGACUGAAAAAACCGCUGUUUUGGGUGCCAUUUCUCAAUUGGUUGACACCGCGAAGGCCCAAAUUGCCUUGAGAAUGCCUGAAUUGAUUCCAAUUUUGUCUGAAACCAUGUGGGAUACCAAGAAGGAGGUUAAGGCCACAGCUCUUGCCACCAUGACUAAGUCUACCGAAACCAUCGAUAACAAGGAUAUCGAAAAGUUUAUUCCUCGUUUGAUUGACUGUAUUGCCAACCCUACCGAAGUCCCAGAAACCGUGCACUUGUUGGGUGCCACCACCUUUGUGUCUGAAGUCACCAUGGCUACCUUGUCCAUCAUGGCUCCUUUGUUGUCCAGAGGUUUGGCUGAAAGAGACACCGCCAUCAAGAGAAAGGCUGCUGUCAUUGUCGAUAACAUGUGUAAGUUGGUCGAUGAUCCUCAAGUUGUUGCUCCUUUCAUGGCCAACUUGUUGCCAGCUUUGAAGGCUAACUUCCAAACUAUUGCUGACCCAGAAGCCCGUGAAGUUACUCAAAGAGCUUUGAACACCUUGAGAAGAGUUGGUGCCGUUGGUGAAAACGACGCUAUUCCAGAAGUUUCCACUGCUGGUGACAUUCCAGUUACCUUGGGAGUCUUCAAAGAAUUGGUUAAGGACCAAAAGAUUGGUGCUAGAUUCGAACCAGUCUUGGAAUACAUUGCUGCUAUUGGUGGUGACUUGGUUGAUGAAAGAGACAUCCACCCAGGAUCCUGGUUGCAAAACGUCUUGCCUUUCGCUACCAUCUUCUUACAUGAAAAGGAAGCUAAGGAAAUCAUUGAAGAAUACAGAAAGAGAGCUAUUGAUAACAUUCCAGCUCCUCCAUCUUUCGAAGAUGAAGAAGAUGAUGGUGAAGACUUGUGUAACUGUGAGUUCUCUUUGGCUUACGGUGCUAAGAUCUUGUUGAACAAGACUCAAUUCAGAUUGAAGAGAAAUAGAAGAUAUGGUUUGUGUGGUCCAAAUGGUGCUGGUAAGUCCACCUUGAUGAGAGCUAUUGCCAAUGGUCAAGUUGAAGGUUUCCCAACCCAAGAUGAAUGUAAGACCGUUUACGUCGAACAUGAUAUCGAUGGAACUCACGCCGAAACCAGUGUUCUUGACUUUGUGCUUUUGGAUGGUGAAGUUGGUUUGACCCUGGAUGCUGUCGAAGACAAGUUGAGAGAAUUCAACUUUACCGAAGAAAUGAUCAAGAUGCCAAUUACCUCUUUGUCCGGUGGUUGGAAGAUGAAGUUGGCUUUGGCCAGAGCUGUGUUGAAGAACGCUGAUAUCUUGUUGUUGGAUGAACCAACUAACCAUUUGGAUACCGUCAAUGUUGCUUGGUUGGUCAACUACUUGAAGACCUGUGGUAUCACUUCUAUCAUUGUUUCCCAUGACUCUGGUUUCUUGGACAAUGUUGUUGAAUACAUUAUCCACUACGAAGGUUUCAAAUUGAGAAAGUACAAGGGUAACUUGUCUGAAUUCGUCAAGAAGUGCCCAUCUGCUCAAUCUUACUACGAAUUAGGAGCCUCCGAAUUGGAAUUCCUGUUCCCAGAACCUGGUUUCUUGGAAGGUGUUAAGACCAAGCAAAAGGCUAUUGUCAAGGUUUCUAACAUGACUUUCCAAUACCCAGGUACUGCUAAGCCACAAAUCAGAGACAUUAACUUCCAGUGUUCUUUGUCUUCUAGAAUUGCUGUUAUUGGUCCUAACGGUGCUGGUAAAUCUACUUUGAUUAACGUGUUGACUGGUGAAUUAUUGCCAACUAUUGGUGAAGUUUACGUUCACGAAAACUGUAGAAUUGCUUACAUUAAACAACAUGCAUUUGCUCACAUUGAUAACCAUUUGGACAAGACUCCAUCUGAAUAUAUUCAAUGGAGAUUCCACACUGGUGAAGAUAGAGAAACCAUGGACAGAGCUUCUAGACAAAUCAACGAAGACGAUGAAAAGGGAAUGGAAAAGAUCUUCAAGAUUGAAGGAUCUCCAAGAAGAAUUGCUGGUAUUCACGCUAGAAGAAAAUUCAAGAACUCUUACGAAUAUGAAUGUUCUUGGACUUUGGGUGAAAACUUGGGUAUGAAAUCUGAAAGAUGGGUUCCAAUGAUGUCUGUUGACAACGCUUGGUUGCCAAGAGGUGAAUUGAUGGAAACUCACUCCAAGAUGGUUGCUGAAGUGGAUAUGAAGGAAGCUUUGGCUUCUGGUCAAUUCAGACCUUUGACCAGAAAGGAAAUCGAAGAACACUGUGCCAUGUUGGGUUUGGAAGCCGAAUUGGUGUCCCACUCCAGAAUCAGAGGUUUGUCCGGUGGUCAAAAGGUCAAAUUGGUCUUGGCUGCUUGUACCUGGCAAAGACCUCACUUGAUUGUCUUGGAUGAACCAACCAACUAUUUGGACAGAGACUCUUUGGGUGCUUUGUCUAAGGCUAUCAAGGCUUUCCAAGGUGGUGUUGUUAUCAUUACUCACUCUGCUGAAUUCACCAAGGAUUUGACUGAAGAAGUGUGGGCCGUUUUGGACGGUAGAAUGACCCCAUCUGGUCACAACUGGGUGCAAGGUCAAGGUGCUGGUCCAAGAUUGGAAAAGAAGGAUGACGACGAAGAAGACAAAUUCGAUGCUAUGGGUAACAAACUUGCUGCUGUUAAGAAAAAGAAGAAGUUGUCUUCCGCCGAGUUAAGAAAGAAGAAGAAGGAAAGAAUGAAGAAGAAGAAGGACUUGGGUGACGCUUAUGUGUCUUCUGAUGACGACGACUUCUAAAUGUCUCGGUCUUCUUAAGAUUAUUACUAAGUUAUAUGUUUGCUUGUUUUGUAACUAAUAUUGUUUAUACAUCUAUAUUUCAAUAUAAUAGAUCCUAAUUAUCAA